AUGUCUGGCCUUGAAGCUAUUGGGGCAGCGGCCAGUAUCUUACAAGUCGCAGACUUAGGCGCUAGAUUAUCCGUCAAACUCUUUUCCUUCUACAGACGGGUUCAGGAUGCGCAUAACACAAUCCAGGUUCUGUCAAACGAGGUCGCGCUCGUAAGUGCUAUUUUGCGUGAACUUGGAGACAAUUUGGAAGAGGAGGAGUCGUCCAAGCUCUGUUCAGACGAGGCGUUUCGCACAUUGAGUCUUGUCCUUACUCAGUGCCGGGACAUACUUGAACAGAUCCAGAGAAUGGUUGAUAUCGAUGAGCAGCCAGAAAAGAGUCAGCUUCGACGAGUGACUGGAAAACUUCGGAUAGUCCUGCUUGAGCCGAGUUGGGAGCGGCUGAAAAUCAACCUGGAAAGGCUGAAGUCGACGAUGCUACUUUUGCUCAAUGUCAUUAUGUACGCGGGUCAAAUUCGAAGCAACAAUAUACCAACCAUGGUCCAAGAGCAGCGUGACUUGAUACAGACUUUGUUGGAAGAACGACAAAACGAGAACCCGAAGCCACGGCAGUCAAGUAUUGCCGAACACUUCUCUCCGGGACUCACGACAGUCAAACCGCGGGGUGGAUUGUCCCACACUGAGAUCUCUGGAAUCGGGAACCAAAAACUCAGGCCAGCCAACCACCGCUCGAACUCGAGUGAUCAAGCUGUACAGAGUUCAAUCGAACACACGAACAACAGAGGAGCACGAAAAAGGUAUCAUAGAGCUAUGGAAGACAAUAAGUCCGCUGAGCUUGAAAAUUACAAUACACUCAUACAAAGCAUGCUUGAUGGGAUCGAAUCCUGCAAGAGAAACCUUGAGAAGAACAGACACUCACGAAUCAGAACCGGUGUCUUGAAUAUUCACUCUGGAGAAAUUAUGCGAUUCCAAGUCGAACUUGGAUCCCCCAUUCAUAUUGACCAUUCGCUUUUCGCUGAGCAUAUUUCCGGGAACCCUCCCAUGACGAAAGUCACUGGUCCUUCUACUGCACCCACAGAAUCGCUUGUAGACAUGGACUACAAUGAAUCCGACGAAUCGGACCUCUCCGAAACUGACCUAUCCAUUCGCCGUCAGAACAAAAGUACUGCUAGCGUUGACUCUUGUGAAGCCUCCCCCAACAAUCGCGACUACGAGCUUCUUAUGAGUCGGCGUAUCAUCGAAAGGGAUGGCCACCAGAACAUGUUAGAGAGAAAUGAUGUCCGUCAGGACCUGGAGCUCUGGAGACAGCAGCAGGAGAUUGAGCGUCUAGAGCGUGCGCUCCAGAGAGAUCGUGAGAGGAGAUCCUCGUCUCAUCUGGCCCGUGAAGAAAAGGAGUGGGAUGAGAACAAUGAAGAGACUUCCUGCCGGCUGCGGAAACUUGACACCAUGCCCAAGUAUGCAAAAGAUUGCAACGCGGCUGAGCACUGGUCACAAUCGGAGAAUUUCAAAGAGGUAGACGCAGAAUUUCCUCAGAAGGGACAGUGGAAGACGAAACUAGCGGCGGAGAAGCUGAAUCUUGCGAAGACACAAGAGGCAAUAACUCAGAGUGAGGAGUCGAAGGCGCCGAUUAGUGCGAGCGACAUGCAGAGAGCAUCAGAGGAGGAUGGAAAAGAGGAAGAGGAGGGUGCGGAGGAAGUGGAGCCGGGGUUGGAUAAUGCCGCCGUUAUAGAAUCGAAGCAGGACCAGGAUGUGUUUGAGCAGGAGUCGGAGCGUCCCCAACCUAGUAGCACCGAGAAAGCCAGCAACAAAAGUGGCAAUGAUGCUCAGAGCAAUACAUUGACCCUGCCAGACAACAUGGAAGACUUAUUGGCGCGGUGGACGACUCUUAAAACGCAAGAGAUUCAGCGUGGCCCGUUCUCGGGAUUUUAG